AUGGACUUUGCUUUGGGCUUCGAUGAGACCUACAAUCAGCCUGAGAACUUCGAGAACUUCAAGAAGGCCGUUCGUGACCGCCUUGCUCCACUCAAGACCUGUCACCUGAACAUCUACUGGACGCGCAGCGCUUGUGGAGUUAGCGUCUUGAAUGAGGACAAGCCAACCAAGAAAAGCAAGGACAUUCAUCACUUCAACUGGAACUCAAUCAAGGCAUCUUCGGUGCGCUUGACGGCAGUGGCUGUACGUUCUGCAGAGCUCGCAGCUAUGGGGGUUGAUGCUGACAAUGCUGGAUUUGAGAAGGAUGGGGAGGAGAUCAUGAACUUGAAAGUCAACGGAGCGCUUGCCUUGCUGAUGGCCCGCGAUGCCACGAGCUUCCAAACGGAAGCUUUUCAAGGUGCGAGCAAAGCAAAAGAAGAAGAAGUCACAUCGAACUUCUGGCAUGAGUUUUCCCGUGAGUUUGACUGUGUGGAGUUCUAUGCAGGCAAGGGGAACUUGACUCGCAUGAUGCUGGCUGUGGCCUCGAUCCUGAAGUGUGCUCCACAACGGACAAUUCAUCUUCUCCUGCUGGUGACUGCUUUAGGCGGAGUGUGGGGGCUAGAACAGCCGAAUUCUAGCUGCUUGGGGUUCUAUCCAGCUUUCAGAGAGUUCCUGACAGUGAUAAUGGAAAGCCAUGGGUCGAGUGCUGUUACACGAGUUGCUUGGUGGAUGGGGCAUUACCUAGCUCCAACUCCCAAAAGGCAUUUUGCCUACAGCAACAGCAUGGCCAUGAACAAAUUGGAUAAAGGAGUUUUAUCUGGUUGGAAGAAACGUAAGAACAAGGCCAAUGUGAAAACGGCAGUCACCUAUAUAGACAAGAGUGGAAAGAAACGAUACAAGGGCACACCGGCUUUGCGCGCAACAGAGAUAUACCCCUUGCAGUUUGGAAGAGAGAUGGUUGACAUCUUCCCACAUCUGAUCGCCUCCGCUCGCGGCCAGCCCCGAUUGCCAGCAGUGAUCCCCGCCGCCGCUGCCUCAUUUCAAUCUUUGCCGUCGGAGGAUGCAUACAGCCUUGGAUUUGCAAAGCUUCAAACUACCUUUGACUACUUGAGACGGGGUAGGCACCUCGUUAUUCCAAAGGAGUGGGAGGGUCUGAUCCCAAAGCCUUCGUAA